UAAAAACCAAGUCGAGCCAGAUCUCGCGCGGUCGCUGAACGCCAACAGAUGAGGACCUACUGCCGUCGGUCAGCGAUGACGGUGUUCAACUAAAGUCCAUCGAUCACCCUCAAAUCUUCGGCGAGGGUGAGAUCGAGGUCUGUACGACGACGAGCCGUGAAUUGCCUUGGCAACCAGCCGUCAAAACAUUGUGUACGUUAAUAACGUCGACGAAGUGCGAUCGUGAGAGCCGUCCGGCCAGUCACUCGGUGCCCUGUGAAUCAUUCUACCCUGCGACGACGACCGCGACGACGUUGGACAAUCGGUUGGGAACGAUUGGAGAACGUCGGGUCCGCGACUGAAAUGGUCUCCGGCGUGAAAUCCGCUCGGUAUCAUCAUAAUCCGGGAUGUAGAAGCUGACGUCAACGAGAGUGCGACUCCAUCGGGAACCAACGCCUCCGGGUCGCCGAAGCAUGAACGUAGGGAAUCCCCGGAUCGUUUGUCUCGCGCUCACCGUCAUCGCCUUCUUCCAGAGAGGGUGGGCCAUUGACUGUUUCAAGUGUGUCUCGAUCGAUGGCGACAACAAACCCUGCGAUGACCCAUUUCACAACAAUGGGAGCCGCGCUUUCUUGGAGUCGCCCUGCUUAGGGGGUAGGAAAGGCCGGGAUGGCCUCUUCCCAGCGACUGCUUGUCUCAAGAUUGCCGGUGUAUAUGAUGAAUCCGGUGUGACCUUGAUGGUGAGGGGUUGCGCAUUGGACAGUGGAACCCUGACAACGGACUCCGAGAUUAUCAGAAUGUCCCACUGCGGUGGUUUCUACUUCGACGACAAAUACGUUCGCGGAUGUGUGCAAUCUUGCAGCGAUGCGGACGCGUGCAACGCGUCGUCGAGGAAUCUUGCACCGCUGAUCGUCCUUGUAUUGCCGAUUCUCGUGGGACUCGCGUGAUCCAUUUACACUCCACGACGCGAGUGCGAUCAGACGUUUUUUUUUCGAGAACUGGACGAUUUGGGUUGCAAACUUCAUUGUUAAUGCUGAAAAUCUAUAGUACACGUUAUGAGCAUUAUAGAUUUUCAGCACUAACAAUGAAUGCAGGAUUAGAAGAGAUCGACGGACGACAUUGAGAGAUUACAACAGCGAGCGCGUUGUAAUGGUUAUUAACGAUGAUCUUUCUCAUUAAAUCUUAUAAUACGAUGCAUUAAGCAGACCACAUAGUGAAUAUACUGCCAGAUUUUGAUUAAUAAGCUAUAGUUUCUCUCAUUAUUUUCAAGCAGCAAUCCAC